AUGAACGUUAAACAAGGUGGCAAAGUUAUAUUUUCAGUUAAACUUCUACAUAAAGAAGAAUCUUCUUCUAUAAAUGAAUCAAAUUUUUCUCGGUUUAUUUGGGAAAUUACUGAAACUCAAGUUAAUGCCGAUCCACGAGAUUGUCCUAAAAUUGGUAUCGUUCAAAUAUCUGAAUCUGACGAAAAUUUUGCAAUCAAGAAAAAACUUAUCGAAUUCUUUAAUAAUCAUAAAUUAUAUAAAUUGAAAUCACUGGAUGAAAUAGAUGAAAUAGGUUCAAACAAAAUUAAUGCAAUUAUUCUUGAUUCUUCAAUUAUCAGUGCCGGAAAGCUUCCGACCAUAUGUAGAAACUUGAAAGAAAAAAUUUAUUUUUAUACUUUUGCGUAG